AUGGCCUACGACGAUCACCACUACAGCGACUCUCCCCAGGUAGUACCGGACACAGGCCAACGCCUCCAAGUCGUCACAGACCCGAACCAGUUCCCUGAGCCUGUUUACGCCUCCCAACCCUUCCCCAGGUACGAUAAGGCACCACCAGCUGUAGCAUCGAGACCGACACCCCUCCCUGCGAAGAAGCGGAUCUGUCGCCUGGCCCCGCGGACCUUUUACAUUGUCCUCGGCGUAUCCCUCGCGAUGAUUAUCGGCGCUGCAGUGGGAGGUGGCGUCGGAGCCGCCCUGACUUCUCAAAAGAGCAACGAAAGUUCAACAGGCGACUCUUCUUCUUCUUCUGCUUCCUCCUCUUCCUUCUCCUCCCCCCCCACAAAAACCUCCACCAAACCCGUCUCCGUCACCACGACCGACGUUGUCGGCCCGACGUCGACACUGUACCGUGACUGUCCCUCAUCCAACAAUACGCUGUACUCAGUCACCUUUGGGUCGGAGGAAUAUGUGUUCCGCAAGUUCUGCAACACCAACCUGUUGGGCAAUGCGGAUGAUAUGGUGAAUAAGCCGGUCACGGACCUGAAUGCUUGUAUCGACCUGUGUGCGGAAUAUAAUAAUAUGAACGCGACGGAGAUCGCGCAGGGCGGGGAGGUCUGCAACGCCGUCUGUUGGUACAACAAUUUUGACGCAGAUUACCCAGGCCAGUGCUUCGGCUUCACCAGCCAGAACUCCUCGAUAAGUGGGUUCCAGUACCAAACGACCGGCAACAAUAAUAAUAAUAAUAACGAGGGUGACCUCGCUACCCUGAGUUUUGUGUAA